GCCGAAAAGUGAAAACAUAUCGUGAUCCUUACAAAAUAUCCAGCGGCCGAUGUUUAUUAAUAAUCAUCUGUGCGAAACUGAAUCUCAACGUUGACGGUUACGUUAGGGUUUCUCACACAAAAGCUUCCUCGUGACACUGGCUGACGGCCGAAGAAACUGUAAACCUCAGUAGUCGCUGCUCUCCCUGGUUUAAGAUGGCCGCGAGGGAAGAUAAUCGCAUAUUUGUGGGAGGCUUGGCGUGGGAGACCACGGAGAAACACCUUGAAGCUGCUUUUAGUGUCUACGGCAAAGUUCUUCAAGCUUUGGUCGUGGUGGACAGGGAUACUGGUCGUCCUCGUGGAUUUGGAUUUGUUACCUUUGUUGAUCAUCGAGCUAUGGAUGAUGCUAUAAGGGAUAUGGAUGGCCAGGAGUUAGAUGGUCACGUCAUUUCAGUGAACAAGGCGAAACCGAAAAUGGGUGGUCAAGGUCCAGGUUAUGAAUAUGAAAGGGACCGCAUAUCUGGUGGCAGGGACAGUUACAGGAGUGGAGACAGGUCAGCAGGGCAUUCUGACUGCUUCAAGUGUGGUCGUCCAGGACAUUUUGCCCGUGAAUGUCCUUCAGUUGAUGCUGGUAGAGGGAGUGGUGGUCGGCUUUUUUCAAAUUCUAGCUUUGGUGGAGGUGGUGGCCGUGGAGAUCGCUUUGGAUCCGACCGCUAUGAUGACCGUUAUGAUGGGGGACGCUUCGGGGACAGUGAUCGAAUGCAUAGCAAAGAGGACAGCUAUGAUAGCCGUGAUCGUUAUAGCCAUGAAAGAUACCCACCUGGUGGUGAUCGCUUUGCAGGUGAGAGAUAUGUGGAUCGGGCACCUCAAACUGGAUAUGGCAAAGACAAAGGUUAUGACAGGGAUGGAGGCCUGAGAGGUGGCAGCGACAGGUAUGGAAGUGGAAGGUCUGGCCGUUAUGACAGGGGGAGCUAUAGGGAGAGAUCUGGUCCUUAUGACCGUCCUAGUGCGGCUGGUCGUCCAUCAUAUGAUCGGUACUGAGGCAGGUUCUGUUUUAUAUCACUAGUAAAUGCUAUUUAGACCACCUAUUAUUCGGGUUCAUGUGAUGGGGGGUAGUCUGUAGUUGUGAGAUUGAUGGAUGCUACCUAAUAAAGUUCUCUUGCUUGCUUCUA